AAUAGACCAUUUUAAAUUAUGUUUGCGUUAAUAUAUGAUGCUGCAGUGUCAAUAUAACACUGUGCACUAGGUGUAUUGAGGUGCCUUCACCUACCGAGUUUUUUCCGUGUACUGGUGUAAAGAUGGCAAAUGCCAGUAUGCCACAGUGUUAUAGAAUUACCGUGUCAUAUUUGUUUAAAUGUAUUUACUAUUACCGUUGUCAAUAUGUUAUUUUUAGUUAAAGUCCGGUUUUCCUACAAUAUUUCCUCGACGACCGCCGUCGGCAUCGGUGUUCGUGCGAUCGGCGAGUUCGACACUUCAACAGUGCAGUAGCCGCAGUAAAGUAGUUUUAUUUUUUUUUUUAUAGUGUACUGCAAAUAGUGAUUAUUAUUUAUUAUACAGACUCGUGUACUAUAAAUCGUAACACAGUCCUGUUCUUGAAGACUUGAAUAAGUGUUUUACCCUAUAUUCUCAGAUGUAAGAUCGUUAUUAUUUUUUUAUCAAAUAAAAUAAAUAUGUCAAAACGUAAUAUAAACUUUAGUAAGAGCACCCGGUACAGAAAUAGGAAAAGAGCUUCUAUUAUGUUAUCAGAAGCUUUGGUUAGUGAAGAUGAUAAUGAAUUUCAAUAUCAUUCUAACAGUUCAUCAAUAAACACAGAUACUGUUGUGCUUUCUCUUCCUAAUUAUUCCACUACUACUGAUGUAGUUGAUCAGACAAAUUUGAAUUGUUCUAACUCACAUGUUUCUCAUAACACGAGCCUAGAACAUUUAUCUGAAGAAAGUAAUGAGGCAUCUGAGUCUAUUAGUUGUUCAUCAAUAUCUUCAGAUUCUAAUGACAAUCCUGAUUUAAAAUUGACUAUAUCAAUGUGGGCUAUUACUCAUAAUAUUACACAUGUAGCCCUUACCGAUCUCUUAAAACGUCUUUCAAAGUUUCCAGAAUUUAAAGAACUCCCAAAAAAUUCAAGAACACUUUUAAAAACUCCUCUUAAAACAAAUGUUAAGGAAGUAGGUGGUGGUAUUUAUCAUCAUUUUGGUAUAGAGGAAGAAUUGAAAGACCUAAUUAUUUAUAAUAAAAAUAUCCCUGCAGUGUUAUGGUUGUACGUAGGUAUAGACGGACUUCCUGUAACUACUAACCCCCCUAGCCAGUUAUGGCCCAUUCUUGGGUACUUUGCAAAUUUACCUACCAAAAAGCCAAACAUAUUCAUAAUUGGUGCAUAUCAUGGAAAAACCAAACCACUUGAUUGCAAUACAUUUCUAUUUGACUUUGUUCGAGAGCUGAAAGUUCUUAUUAUUGAUGGCUUCUUUUUUGAUAAUAAAAAAAUUCAUGUUGAAAUCCGGGCUUUAAUUUGUGAUGCUCCGGCAAAGUCAUUUGUUUUAAAUACCAAAGGACAUACUGGAAAAGUAUCUUGUGUAAGAUGCCAAAAUGUGGGAAAAUGGGUAACUGAUAGAGUGUGCUUCACUGAAGUUGGUUCACCUUCACGGACACACAAUGAUUUUAUGAAUUAUAAAGAUCCUAUUUUUCAUAAUGGAAAAACUAUUUUAACUGAACUUCCCAACUUUGAUCUUGUAAAAUCUAUUCCUUUUGAUUACAUGCACUGUGUAUGCAUUGGUGUAAUGAAAAAACUUCUUUUGUUUUGGAUUGGGGCUCCUAAACAUAAGCAAAACAUGUCAUUACCUGCUACUUUAAUUAAUGCUCUAGACAUUAAACUUAAUCAAUUAUCAGUAUAUAUUCCUAUAGAGUUUCAAAGGAGGUUUAGUGAAAAUAGUAGGAAACAUCCGUUGCAUGAUGCUAGUAGGUGGAAGGCUACAGAGCUACGUCAAUGCCUUUUAUACUUAGGAUUUAUUAUUUUCCGGAACUUCUUAAAUGAUGAAGUAUAUGAUCAUUUUUUAGAGUUAUUCGUUGCUAUUCGAAUUCUUUCAACUCAGUCUUCAACUGAAGAUGUGAAACACUUUGGUUCUUUAAAUUGUUAUUCUGCAUUCCCCUUUGAAAGUUUUAUGCAACCCCUAAAAAAAAAAAUUAAGACUGGUGUAAGACCUUUACAACAGUUAGCGCGACGAUAUGCUGAAAAGCGUGCAUAUAGUAGUUAUAUGCUAACAAAUCAGUCUAAAGAAUCAUGUUAUGGUCCAAUUAAAUUGCAAAAUGUAAACCAAAACCGACCUAUGUUGCCAGAUGUAUGUGAGCCACAAUAUACUGGUUGGAAAAAUGAGAGUUUUUCUUUAAAAUUGGAUAAAGCAAAUAGUUGCAUAAAAUUGAUUAGUGGUGCCUACGUUUUGGUUGAAAAUAUUGCAACUAGUAGUAAAGAUAACUCAACAAUAUGCAUCAUUGGGAGGCAAUUUGAAAAGUUGUCAAGUUUUUUUAAUAAACCAUGUGAUUCUCAGUUACUUAAAAUCUAUGAAGCAAGUAACACAAGUCAUCUAAAAUCAUGGGCAUUUGAUGAUAUUAAAGAGAAAGUUAUUCAUAUUCCCUUGGAUGAUAGAAAAUCAUGCAUUAUACCCUUUUUACAUUAA